AUGUACUGGACGGCAGCACCUUUUCCAAUGUAUGGGAAUUUUUCGCUAUAUAACAGUGCUUUGACCUAUGCUUCGGAAACCUGGGCAUUUCGCAAGCAGGAAGAAAACGCGGCGAGCGUCAUUGGACGCGCAAUUGAGAGAGUGAUGCUAGGAGUAUCCCGUUUCACGCAAGUGAGGGAUGGGAUUCGAAGUUCUCUCCUACGUCAGCGAUCGAAGAUUAGAGACGCCCCCGCGUUUGCCAAGGAAAGUAAAAUAAGGUGGGCCGAACACGUGAUGCGCUUUAACGACAACCGUUGGAUCAGAGCCGUGAGCGACUGGGUUCAACGCGAUAUUAAGCACACUACAGGAAGACCGCCGACCCGAUGGUCAGAUUUCUUCACGAAGUCCUUUAAAGAAAAGUAUGAUGCUCUUCGUGUCCCACGCGAAAGGAGGAACCACUGGGCUACUCUGGCACGCGACCGGGACAAAUGGAAGAAUUACUGGCGCCCGCUCGACCAGUUCGAAGAUCAACGGGAGUCAAGGUGA